AAUACGAAAAUUGAAAUGGAGGAUAAAAAUAGACUGCUCGUCACUAGCUCCGAAUAUUGUCUGACGUGUGCUCUUCCGUUCGGUGUUCUUGUUCUUUUCAUCAAAAUGGCUCCGAAACCGAAGCCCACGGAAAAACCAAGCAAGCCUGCCGAGAAGAAGGCAGAGAAGAAGACGGAAAAGAAGCCAGCUGCGGCUGCUUCGACAUCGAAGGUUACUAAGCCAGCAGCCAAACCUGCUGCGAAGAAGCCAGCGAGUGCUAAGCCUCCUGCCAAAGCUGCUGCUAAGCCUGUUGCUAAACCCGCAGCAUCCAAGCCAGCUAUCGCGAAGCCGAAGAAGAAUGCUUCAAAAAAGACUCCCAAAGGUGGGAAGGCUCCUUCCAAGCCAGUGCAGAAGGCUCUUAAGGCCCAAAAGAAGAUCUUGAAGGGUGUACACGGUUCCCGUGUUCGAAAGAUUCGCACAUCGGUGCACUUUCAUCGGCCAAAAACAUUCAGACCGCCGAGAAAUCCCAAGUAUCCACGCAAAUCUGUGCCCAACAGAAACCGCAUGGAUGCUUUCAACAUUAUCAAGUUUCCGUUAACAACUGAGGCUGCGAUGAAGAAAAUUGAGGACAACAAUACCUUGGUCUUCAUUGUCCACACGCGCGCCAAUAAAUAUCACAUCAAGGCGUCUGUCAAGAAACUCUACGACAUUGACGUAGCCAAAGUGAACACUUUAAUCAGGCCAGAUGGCAAGAAGAAGGCAUACGUUCGAUUGGCUCGUGACUACGAUGCUCUUGAUGUUGCUAACAAAAUCGGCAUCAUAUAAACACCUUUAAUUGUGUACUUGUAUAAAAUUGAAAAAACACUGUCAAGAUAAUAAAUAAAUAUCUUCACAGGUCA